CUCUUCCCAUGGCGAUCCCCCCUCCACGGAUCGCGGGGUUCGGCGGCGGCGGCCGCAAGCCGAGGGUUCCGCCGCUCCCACCGGCGAGGACCCUCCUAACUGCAUUUGCCGCAGCGGCGGCGCUGACCGUCCUUUGCCUCCUCUCCUCCUCUCCCGCCGCAUCGCUAUCAUGGAGAUCCGGAGCCAGGAGCGGAGACAAGUACCUUUACUGGGGCGGCCGCGUCGACUGCCCCGGCAAGCACUGCGGCUCCUGCGCCGGGCUCGGGCACCAGGAGUCCAGCCUCCGCUGCGCCCUCGAGGAGGCCCUCUUCCUCGGCAGAAUAUUUGUGAUGCCCUCAAGAAUGUGCCUGAGCUCAGUACAUAACACAAAGGGGGACCUCCAAAGCAGUGCAACUUCAAAACAAAGAUGGGAAGAAAGUUCUUGUGCAAUGGAAUCUCUAUAUGAUAUAGAUGAGAUAUCAAGAACAGUACCGGUUAUUCUGGACAAUUCCAAGACAUGGCAUGAUAUAGUAUCAAGAAGUAUGAAAUUAGAAGUGGGAGGUGUGUCACAUGUGCAAGGAAUUAGCAGGGGUGAACUCAAACAAAACCCCAUGUACUCAACAGCUCUCAUAAUAAACCGCACUGCAAAUCCUCUUGCUUGGUUUAUGGAGUGCAAGGAUCGCAAGAACCGCAGCUCUGUUAUGUUAUCCUACACCUUUUUACCAAGUAUGCCAGCAAAAAUAUUGAGGGAUGCAGCAAAUAAGAUGAAAAAAAUACUUGGUGACUAUGACGCUAUUCAUGUGAGACGAGGCGAUCUAUUGAAAAAUAGGAAAGAUAGAUUUGGUGUUGAAAGGAGCCUCCAUCCUCAUCUAGACAGAGAUACCCGCCCUGAGUACAUCAGAAAAAGAAUUGCAAAAUGGAUCCCACCAGGUCGAACUCUAUACAUUGCAUCAAAUGAAAGAGCUCCAGGAUUCUUUUCCCCUCUGUCAGACAGGUACGAGCUAGCAUACUCGUCCAACUUCAGUAGCAUAUUGGAGCCAGUAAUUGAGAAUAACUACCAGCUAUUCAUGGUGGAGAGGCUCAUUAUGCAAGGAGCAAAGACAUUUGUCAAGACAAUGAGAGAAUUUGACAGUGAUUUGACCCUUUGUGAUGAUCCCAAAAAGAACACCAAAGUUUGGCAAAGGCCAGUGUAUACAGAUGAUUGACGGUAGCUGGCCAGUGGCCACCAAAUAUGAUUAUAUGAAGCUCCCUCUUUCAGCAACUUGACAGCCUGACAUGGCCUAUUAAACAUAAAGCUGGCAAGGAAGCAUUUGCUAUUACUUAUACAACUGAAAUUAGCCAGCACUGGUGGAAACUUCACCUGGGAUUCACCACAUCACGUUUGUUCAUAUUACCACGUGUCCUUGUAAUCUGGAAAAGGCCAAAAUUGUUGACUUGUUUUUUCUAUUCUUUUGUAAUUAGGGACUAGAUCACAAGAUUUGUUUGCAGAUUUAGGAUGCAUAUAUGUCAUACCCUCCUGUAUAGUGUGUGUAAGAAUCAACUGGCACCUCGAGGCUUUUAAGUGUGGAGAAUAUAAUUAGUUGGUUGUUCUCUC